CUCCCUCAUCAUCUUUAUGCCAUGUCUCAACUUUUCCUAUCAAGAACAAAACCUUCAGUACUUCGAUUGCCCUUGUCUCUCCUUUCUCCGAGGACUGCAUUUUCCUUCUCUACCACAUGCUCAAGACACAAAAUCUCGGAUCCCCUCCGGAUCCUCUUCUGCGGCUCCGAUGAGUUCAGUAUCGCCGCCCUCGAGGCCCUACACAGGGAACAUCUCAGCAGUCACUCACUCGUAGAGUCUAUCGACGUCGUUGUGAGACCUGGAAAGCCGACGGGACGAGGCAUGAAGACUAUCCGCCAAGUUCCCUUAAAGUCCACAGCUCAGCAACUCGGGCUUCCGGUCCAUGAGUUGAAUACCUUUACCGGAUGGACCCCGUCCUUUGAGAUUAACCUCAUUGUUGCCGUCUCCUUCGGUCUUCUCGUCCCACCACGUCUUCUUCGUCUGGCCAAGUACGGUGGUCUAAAUCUGCACCCCUCACUACUCCCAGAUCUUCGUGGCCCAGCACCCCUCCACCACACUCUCCUCCUGAACCGCCGCCACACAGGCAUAACCCUCCAGACGCUCCACGAAUCCAAAUUCGACCACGGGACCAUCCUCGCCCAGACCCCAGCCCCGGGGCUCCCCGUCCCGCCCGACGCAGACCUACCGACCCUCCACAACCUCGUCACCCCGCCCGCGGCCGAGAUGCUCAUCCAGGGUCUUCGUCGGGGGCUUCACGUCCCGCCCUUGCAGCCCGUCAGACGACAAGCCCGAGGCAACGAGGACGAGGACGAGGACGAGGGCGAGGGGGAGCAGAAGUAUGCCCACGCGCCCAAACUGACCAAGGACGACCGUCGCGUGCGCUGGCGCCACUGGACUGCGGACGAAUUUGUCCGGCGGUGGCGCGUCCUCGGCCCGCUCUGGGGUCAGGUCCGCGUUCCUUCCCCCCCUUUUUCCGGGGUUGGCGUCGCUGGGCAGAAGAGUAGCGGCAGUAGUAGGAGUAGUAGUAGUAGGCGGCUCAUUCUCGAGAACGUAUCGGUUGUCCCUUUCGCGGAGGUGGACAAGUUGAACGAGUCUGCUGCUACGCCUGACACUGAUGGCAAGAGAGUCGUCGCUUGGGUGGAAGGGAACGGGAAGGACGCGGUGCCGGAUUCGGAUACUCAAGUGGCUUAUUUCGAUUCCGGGGCCGGUGAUGGGAGUGUACUGAUGGUCCCCCCCCGGGGAGGCGAUGCGUAUCUGCGCGUCGCCAAGAUUAAGGCUGAGGGUGACAAGAGUAAGCCUGCGACGCGGGUUCUGUUGCCACUUUCGACCGAGGAAGGGCCUGCGUAGGGGUAUUAUGCACGUCCAAAUAGAAGAUGAAGGGAAUAAGAAGGAAAAGGACAAGAGAAACAGAUACCAUCCGCUAAUCCAUCCUGUAUCACGACGCAUCACAUCGCAUUUAAGCCAAGUCUAAGGAAUUUGGUGGCCAAAGCCUUUUCCUUUUCCUUUUCCUUUUCCUUUUUUAUUUUUAUUUUUAUUUAAUUCAGGGAGUAGAGAGAAGAAGAGAUGAGCUACUACAUACAAAUCAACGCCA